CGACUUAGACAUGGUAUCCAGAUGAUCAAUCGUGUUAGACGGUACUAUCUUGAUGUAAUAUCUCGUUCUCUGUGGUUGUGUGUUUUUGUUAUGUGUUACAUUGUAAGCGGUUGUUGUUUUGUGUUUUCUGUCUAAAUUGGCGACCUUGUGUUUUUAUGGCAUUUUUUUUACCAAAUGUUACAUGUAUUAGGAGAUAAUCCUCUUUUUAUAGUUGUAGUUGAGUUUUAUUGCGGAUGGUCACGUUAAAAGUUAACGUGAACUUACGUUGAUAUUUUACAACCUACCUUGGAUAAUUAUUGAGUUUGUGGUUACUUAAAUAUUAUACGCGUUAUAAUAUUGUUAAUUCAUGAAUUUUUCAUUUUAACAUUAUAACGAAUAUUGAUGGAUCGAAAAGUAGAUUUAGAUCUAUAUGGGUUGUCGGUUUUGCGUGGUCGACAAGGGUGCAUGUGGUGCACUUAUUGUGGUAGCUAUUUUUUUUUGUAAUGAUGAAAUAAUUUAGUAAAAUUUAGUAAAGUUAGUGGAAAAGGAUCGCAUCUAUUUGGUGGGGGGGGGGGGGGGGGGGGGGUGGGGGGAGAAAGAGAAGAAAUAGCGGAGGAAAGGAUGUAAAGGAGAAAGAGAAACAAGUAUGCCGGGGAAGCUAUCAGGCAUCUCAUGUAAAAAGUACUGCUACUGUUCGCUGUGAGUCUAUGAUCCACAUGGGAAAGACUAUAUAGACUAGGGUUAAAAAAAUAAUGGCUAUAAUUAUUUGAUUAAAGUAUCUUAUCGAAUAUGUAAAAUCAUUCAUCUUUAUUUGGAUGGCCAAUUGCAUGUACGUAUUGCUAUAUAAUAAUGUACAUUAUGCUCGAGAUCUUGAAUUGUAUCUCAGAGUAACCCAUCUGUCUGUUUGCAGUAAAAAACACUUCGUUUGCGAAUCUGAAACACCAAAAUGUCAUUGUUUUCUUGCAUGGGAGAGCUAAAAGGCUUUGUGCAAUCUAUGGUAGAUGAGGUACGCGUCUUUGUUUGAUUUAGUUCCUCGUUCUAUCAUUUAUUCGUUUUUCCAAUCUUUGUAAGUUCUUGUUGGGGAGGGGUUACGGUGCUAAUUGUAUAAUAGUUAGCACCGUCCUAACCAAGGGAAAACUACUACUAGUUUGAAUUAGUAGUGAUUUAGCUUAGAUGUUGUAUUGAUUUUAUAAUAAUCCGUAGUGAUUUUGUUAUUUUUAGUAGCGUUUUUUGCUAGUUAUCACGGUGCUAACCCCUAUAAGGGUCAGCACCUAAUCCCAUCCUGUUCUUGUUGUGUUGAAGGGCAUUUUGGACAAUCAGUUUUCUCAAGUUCAGGCUCUCCAAGAUGCUACUAAUCCUGAAUUUGUAACUGAAGUUAUCAGUUCUUUCUGUCGCGAUGGUGAUAGGAUCGUCAGGGAAAUCAACAGGGAUUUGUAUGAUAUUUGCCUGUUUUCCGUUCCCAGUAUUGUAAUCCCGCCUAUUUAUCUAUGUCAUUCUGAUCUCCGAAAUUAAAUACGCUGGCUAUUAUUUUUUUUGUCCAUGUGUUUUGCAGAGGUGCUAUUGACGUGAAUUUUUCUCAAAUUGAAGAAUCCUUGCAUCAAAUUAGAGGCAGUAGCUCCACGUCGGGAUCUUGAACUUUUUCUUAUGUUCAUUGUUUUUCACAGGUGUUUUGGUGUUUGCUGUAAAGUUUAAUUUGUAUUGUUUUGUAUUUAUAGCAUUGGGGCACGACGACUAAAGGUUGUUUGUGACGAACUUCUUCAAGCAUGUGUUGACAGAAACAGAGAUAGGUUAGCCCACAGUAUAACUUAAAUAUCAGAUCAAUUUUCUGGGAUUGUGGGUUGCAUAGUUCAUUCCUUACUGCAUCUUGUGUUUUUUCUACAGGAGUAUACGUUCUGCUAAUGAUGUCACUCGAGAAUAUUGCAUUCUUCGCAACAAGUUGGGAAGUAUACUUGAGGUAGAAAUUUCCGUUAUAUAAUUUUUUUUAACACUUUUUAGAGUAUAGACACAAUUUAUUGAUCUCGUAUUUUUAUUUUUCAGAUGGAGAAUGCGAUUUUUGCAUUAAAAAGAUCUUAGAACUAGAGGACGGUUGGAUGAGGUUUUGUAGUAGCGUUUCUGUUGUUUAAUUUAUCUUGGGGUAGUUUUUUAAUAUUAUUCUCAGUGAACGAUGAUCUGCUUGUUUGAAUUGUUUUGUUGGGAAUUGACUUUUUACUUUUUUGCUUUGUUUCUCCAUUAUGUGUGUGACGACUAUGGUUAGUUAUUUAACCAGAAUGUUAAUAGGUGUUGGAAAUCAUUCACGUGUCUUCCAAAGUAGUGUGUUGAUGUCCGCACGAUUAUCUUCACUAUGAAUUGAGCUUGAUGUUAGUAUUCUGUAAAUUUUUCUAAUUUUGAUUGCCAAAUUCAAUUGUUAUUUUUUUGGAUUUAUUUUGAUAACUUGAACUCUAUUUAUAAUAAAAAUAAGGGCUUGCUUGGAUAAUUGGAUUAUAUUUUAUUGGAUUGUAAACAAUCGAAAGGUUCUGCAUCUUCGAAUUAUAAAAAAUACCUUUUAAAACUUUCACUGUUUGUUAACCGUGAUUGUUAACAUAUAGAAAAACAAAUUCUAUUUUUUGCAUAUGAUGUAGUCUUAACCAACAAAAUUACAGUGGUUAAAAAAAUUGAGAACUAAUUAGUAAUGAUAUUCGGUGGGACAAAUAUAAAAAGAUAUAAAGUAGGAGGAACAAAAAUCUCGCAAGGCAAUUUAUAGAAUCUCUCUAGGUAUAAAAGAUCUACGUCUUUAAAUUUUGGAUUUCGAAAUAUCUGAAGCUAAAUUCCACUCUACAAUAGGAAAAAAAUAGCUUAUGAUAAAUCUAUCGAUUUAAUUAACUUGUACUCACAAAUCUUGUCUCCAAACGAACCCUAGAAGCAAAUUUCCAAAUUUGUUUUGAUAAUAUGUAUUAUUUUUAAAAUACAUACUAAAGCAAACAAAGCCUAAUCAUAAGAUAAAAUCAGAAAUUACUUAGUGUUUAUUGAGAACUUGAAAACUUUCUUGAUAAAUUAUGAAUCAUGUACUUAGUCUGUUAUAUUAGCAGUAAUUAUUUGAUCCCUGAGUAAAUAAUCUAUACAGACCACACAUACUAUUCUUUAUCAAAGCCUUUUAACGGACAAGAUUCUGAGUCCGGACUUAGUAUUAGUUGUAGCAAGAAACAUUGUACAUUUAAGUUGUUAUCUAUUUCUUUCAAAUGACCAAUAUUUUAUACAAGGGUUGUAAAAGCAAACUCCUAAAUCUCAAAUUACAUGUCACUGAUAAGUGUUGGAAGUGAAUAUUGGUUUCAAUAAAAAAGGACUGGUCUUUCUAAAUGCAUCAUACACAAUCCUUUGUGUAGAGAAAACUAUCUUUCUGGUGAUAUGAAUCACCAUCAACUUAUCCGAUAGAUUGUGCGGAACAAUUUGUAAGCCAUGCCAAAAUUGGUUUGUUCAGGCCUCCACCACGGUAAACACCUAAGACCAAAAACAAUCCAUUGAAUAAGUAUCAAUAACAAUAAUAAUGGUGGAUCAUUUAUCCACCACAUACAUUGGUCCCAUUGAAUAGCAUGUGUCUAUGUAGGUGAACAGAGGGAAAAUGCUCAAGGCCACUUUUGACAAAUUGUUAUUGGUUAGAUCCUUCAUCUCGCAAGGAUCUGCUUCCUCUGCCGUGCUUGCUAUAAUAAAGCGGCUCUUCAGAUCCUCCCACACUUCCAUGGCAGAUUCAAACCAUGGCAAGCUUUUUACGAUGCUAGGAUCAAUGGACUGGUAUAUCCAUGCUUUUACCAUUGCGUUAGCUUCAUCCCAUGCAAGAGACAUCGUGUCGAUGACUAACGGUCUUUCGGAGCUUCCAUCAAUGAAUGAGAUUUUAUUCUUCAAGACAAUGAUGUUUGCAUUGAAGUAGACCAAUAUCCAUAGUUUUCUCCAUUAAGAGUCGUGGAUAUCAACACCAUAGAAUGAUUAUCAUUUGGGUGGAGGCAGUAAGGGUGACCCUCGUGAAUAUAUGACAUCCUACGGCACGAGUGGUUGAAGUAAUAUGUUUUUGUUGGUGUAUCAAAGAUUGUGCUGGCAUAGGUAUAAAAUGUUUAUGAUACU